AUGAUCUCGACAAGAUUUUUGCUUGUGUUUGCGACGCUGGAGAUGGCAUGCAUUGCGGGGGGAAACACGGGUUUGCCGCAUGGCUGUAGACCAAUAUCCGGAGACAGCUUCAAAAACCGUGGUCAAACUACAACGGAGCGUCCGCCUAGUCUAGCAGAUACCCUUGGGAAGAUUUGCGAACUUCGUCUUCAUAAAUCUGAACAAAAUAUAACAUGCAUUGGAGAUGCAGGGGUAGGAGUACCAAACUGCACAAUGUGCUGUGCUUGUAGACUUAACGAUGGAAAUAUUCAGUAUAAUGCAACAAGUCUUCCAUACCAAUUUCCAUGCGGCCCUCACAAGAAAUGCAAUCUCAAGGGAGAGUGCGCCGUCAGCAAUUAA